UUAGUGUCAGCAAAUAAAUGCACACCAGGAAGUAUUACUGGAAUCUUAGGGUUUUCCCAAUGUUUAUGGAAAAUGCUAUCCAAAGUACAAUCAAAAUAAAAAUUAUGUUUGGGAGAUAAAUGUUUUUCAGAGUUUUUGUUUGUCUUCUGUUCCUAGAAUAAAAGUAGCCGAACCGGUUCAACACGCGUCUACAAACAAUCUCGUUCCACUCGUCUAUACCACACUCGGUCGUCCAGUGUAGAGAAUAAACUUUUGGAGGAAGUAUACGACAUACCGCUCGAAGAUUAAACGUUGCUGUAUUCUUCGUAAAACUUCGCGUUGAGAACUCAAGAAAAAAUAUUGUUAUAAUGGGCCUCUCUGUAAAAGUAUUAGUAACCAGUUUAACUGUUGUAUUUAUUUUGGUGGUCGUUGCAGAGUCCGAGAAAGAAUUGAAUCUGGAACCUUUCGCACGAGUAGCUUUUAAUAAGUAUGUUUCUUUGUUCUCGAGAUCAUCAGUGAGUCCGACCAACAAGUUCGAUUUUGAGAAGGACUUCAAACUGUUUGUAGAAGAACUUAGAAGUGGGGUAUUGUUGGAACAGCUAGGCAACAACAAAGGAGAAAGUAACUGUACGUCUCUUCUACGAUCGACGUUUACAGAUUCAGAUGUUUUAUGUCAAGCAGUCACACAGUGCAUCAGUUCGACAGAACUUUUCAGCCUGGUACCUAAUUCUACAAAGUCUCUGAGUGACGCCAUAACUCAGUUAUGUCCAGUCCUUCUUGUGCAACAGCGGACCGGAGAAUGUGAAGUCGAGAAAGUACAUUCUUCCAGACCCUCCACCGCAGCAAUAUGGGGACUUGGAAUCCUAUUCGUCACCAUCAUCAGUUGCUGUUCGCUGGGUGGAGUUGUACUCAUGCCUUUGAUGAACAAACGUUUGUACAAGAAGUUUAUCAUGAUGUUUGAAGGAUUAGCAGUGGGUAGUUUAUUAAGCAGCGCCAUCUUUCAUCUCAUUCCACAGUCUUUUGGGAUUCUCGACAACGAUCCUCAUCAUUCCUACUUAUGGAGAGCUUUGAUCAUCUUCGGUGGAGUCUAUUUGUUCUUCCUGACCGAAAGGUUUCUUAAAUUCAUCGGAAAAGCCAAGCAGAAACGAAAACUGAAAAAAUCUACAAAGAGUGAAAUGACACUUAGCAUUAGCGUAUCGGAAAUGACGACAGAUAGUGUUGCGACGACAGUACCGCCCUCUAGCAUAAAACCUGUGGACACCGAGAAAAAUAAAGUUAUAGCCAAUGAAAAGAGCCCGGAAAAAAUGAAUGGAAGUGUAGGAGAUGAAAAAGUGUUGGAAAUGAAUCUCGACAAAUGGUUAAAGAUGGCAGUCUUGGCACCACAGCUUGCAAUCCCACAGCUGAUCCAAACAAAUCAAUUUCUGAGUUGUCACAUGGACGUACCCGAGAUGCUGAGUCAAAUACUAUGA